UCUUGUACUAAACAAUUUCACAUGUUUUUCAUCCAUUCCUGCCCUCCGAGAGAUUAUAGAAAACACUGAAAACAAUUUCGUUUUUCAACCGAGUUACUCUCAUUUUACAGAAAAAGAACAGUAAUACGGUGUUUAAAAAGUAAAAGCGAGAGCGUACGGUGGGAUUAGUCGGGUUGCAACCUGCAAUUAUAUCUUGGUGGCGGGAAUUGACGGCUAUUAAAAUAUCUCCAACGAAAGUACCCAAGCUAUAAAAAAGGAAAUCUAAGUCUACAGAUUUUCGCCCAUUCAUUAGCGUUGAAUUGAAGCCUAGCCAAUCCGCUACUCGGCACCAGGCAGUUAGAAGAUGAAUUCAUCGCUGGGAUCAGAAAUCGACUCGUUUUACGAGUCGGCUCCGCCUCUGAAAGAGCGCGACAGUAUCAUGGAGAAAUUAAACGAAUUUGUCGAACUUAACUGUAAAGGAACGAAACGAGUGGUGUGUGUGACAUCUGGCGGUACCACGGUGCCAUUGGAGCAGCGUUGUGUUCGUUACAUUGAUAAUUUUAGUUCCGGCCAUAGAGGAGCCGCAUCUACUGAGUAUUUUUUGAAGGCGGGAUACGCGAUUAUCUUUUUGUAUCGAAGGGGAACGAGCCAGCCGUAUUGCAGGUCCCUUCCUGAUGAUCCGUUGCUUGAAUGUUUUGAGGCGACUGAUGAAUUGAAUAUUCAAGUUCGCCAACCUUAUUCUGAAGCAGUGAAGAGGGCUAUUAGGGAUCAUCAUGCUGCAGUAGCAGGCGGUUUUCUGUUAAAACUUCCCUUUACAACUAUAUUUGAGUAUCUUCAGAUGUUGCAGAUGGUUGCAGUAUCACUAAGGAGUCUUGGGCCACUGGCAAUGUUCUAUCUCGCUGCUGCAGUGUCGGACUUUUAUGUUCCCUGGAAAAGCAUGGCAGAACACAAGAUUCAGUCUGGCUCUGGUCCCCUCGACAUGCGGCUUGUGCAAGUGCCAAAAAUGCUAUCAGUGUUGAGGACAGAAUGGGCUCCCAUGGCCUUCUGCAUAUCAUUUAAGCUUGAGACAGAUACAAAGAUUCUUCUAGAUAAGGCUGAUAUGGCUCUGAGAAAGUACAAGAUGAAUGCAGUUGUAGCAAAUGAGCUCUUGACUCGCAAAGAGGUGGUCGUAGUUGUCACAGAUAGUGAAAAGAUUUCAGUUCAGAGAGACAAGACAGAGGCUGGUUCUGAUGUAGAAAAUCCGUUGGUCAAACUCCUUGUGGACAGACAUUCAGCUUUCAUCAAUGAUUUUAAUGCAUAG